CCUGUGGCUUCCGGUGUGUUUGGUGACGUGGCUACGUGUUGAAAUCGGAGCAGGAAAACAGGAAUUAAAGAGCGAAAAAGAGGCGCUGCGCAGGACUGGACGCUCAGGGCCGCGAUGUUGAGUCGACUGGCCCAGGGGGUGAACUCGGUGCUGCAGGAGCUUUCAGGAGAGGAGAGUCCAGAGGCAGGAGCUGAGGAUGGCGUGACCCUGCAGACACCCGCAGAUGGUGCCGGGACCUCUGCGGUCCCCGGGGAUGAAGAGGACGCCAUGGAGCGUUUGGCCCAGAUGGAGCAGCUGGUGGUUCAGCUGAAGGAGCUGAUCCGAGAAAAGGAUGGCCAGCUGAUCACCGCAGAGAGGCAGCUGAAGGAGGAGAAGGAGGCUGGUGAGAUGCGUUUGACCAAACUGAAGUUACAGGCCAAAGCCAAGGUGGCUGCUCUCACCAAGCAGGUUUUAGAGCUAAAGGGGCAAGAAGAAGCCGGCAGCCAGAGUCCCGAUAACUCAUUCGCAUCAUCACCGGCUGUAGAGGAGGAGCUCCAGCAGCUUAGGCUCCGCCUCCAAGAGGAGGGGUCUGUGUCCAGGGCACUACGGGAGCAGCUGGAGGUGUCAGAGCAGGGAGCGCGUGAGGCUCAGGAGAAGUACACGGAGCAGCUGGGGGCGAUGCAGGCGGUGGUAUGCGAGAAGGAUGUACGGUUCCGGGAACAGGUCCAGAAGCAUGAAGAGGAGCUACUGAAGGUAUCUGCCCAAGUACAGAGCGAUGGUGCAGUGCAGCAGGCUCUGCAUGUAGCCCAGAGGCACAAAGAGGAAUUAGAGGAGGCACUGCGCUCCCGAUUGCAGGUGCUGGACAUGCUGCAGCAGGAGCUGAACAGUGCGGACCAGCAGAAACAGAUCCUUACUGUACAGUUCAUGCAGAUGGAGCUGGAGUUGGCUGAGACCAGGAGGCGGCAGGAGGAGGAGAGGCAGCAGUGGGCCCAGGAAGCUGGCCAGACCCAGGCAGAGCUGACGUCCCUGAGGCAGAGCCUGGAGGCUGCCUACCGGGAGAGGGAAGACGGGGCCGGCAAAGAGAACAAGGCUGUGGCUGAAAUGGAGGCAGAGCUCGGUGCUCUGAAGGAAAGGCUAGAAGCAGUAAGGAGAGAGAAGGAUGAAAUGGUGGCUGAGGCAGAGCUGAGGGGAGCAGAGCUUGCUGAACUGAAGUCGAGGCUGGAAGCAGCAGAGGCCAAGAGGGGGGGGGUAGAGGAGAGAAUGGAGACCGAGGCAGAGCACAGCGAAGCACAGCUGACUGAACUAAGGGCAAGGCUGGAGGCAAUGGAGGCUGAGCGGGAGGAUGUGGAGAAGAGAAUGAAGGCUGAGGCAGAGCAGAGGGUGACAGAGCUGACUGAUCUGAAGGUGAGGAUAGAGGCUGCAGAGGCUGAAAGGGUGGAGGUGGAGAAGAAAAUGGAGGUUGAGGCAGAAUGGAGGGGGGCAGAGGUAACUGAUCUGAGGUCGAAGCUAGCAGCAUCGGAGGCCAAGAGGAGGGAGGUAGAGGAGAGAGUGGAGGCUGGGGCAGAGCACAGGGAAGCAGAGCUAAUUGAUUUGAGGUCGAGGCUGGAGGCAUCUGAGGCUAAGAGGGAGGGGGUAGUGAAGAUAAUGGAGGCUGAGGCCGAGCUGAGAGGAGCAGAGCUGGCUGAACUGAGGGCGAAGCUGGAGGCAUCUGAGGCUGAGAGGGAGGGGGUAGUUAAGAGAAUGGCGGCUGAGACCGAGCUGAGGGGAGCAGAGCUGGCUGAACUGAGGUCGAGGCUGGAAGCAUCUGAGGCUGAGAGGGAGGAGGGGAGGCAGCAAAAGGAUGAGGCCCUAGUUAUGAUGGAAGGGGAGCCUGCUGCCCUCAGGGACACAGAAAGGGAAGGACAGCAGACACUGCUACUGGCAGAGCUGUGGAAGGGACUGUGUGCUCUGGCCAAAGGAGAAGCAGCAGACGGAUUGGGGGAGGAGCCCACUUUACCCAGGGACUCUGCCCAGUGUGGAGUGGUCCUGCGUGCUCUGGAGUCUCAACUGCUGAGGAUGGACACCCUGCAGGGAGAGCCGGCUGGGGCUGCGUCAGAGGGGGCGGAGUCAGAAACCCUCAUACAGCAGCCUGAGCAGCCAAUCGACAUGCUGCAGGAUGUGGGUCAGUCAUCUCAAGCACCAGUCAGCCAGCCUCAACUUGAAGAACUAGAAGCAGCCGUUGAGGCCUCGGACUUGCCAGAGCCGGGUUCUGAUGGAGAGGGAGGCUCGGCCUUAUCACGCUCUGUUUGUACAGAGGGCAGCCCAGAGCUCAUUAGCCUACAGCCUGAAUCUCCAGAGGAGAGGGAAAUGAAAGGGGCUUCCUCAGACGAGAUGGUAACGAGCACGGACUCCGAAGUGGCUCAGAGCAGCUGGACGCUCCUGGAAGCUGGAAAUCAGGAGGGUGUCCUGGAGUGGAAUUCCUCAUUGCAGGAUUUUGAUCAGCUUGCCCAUCAGCCCUGGGAACAGACCAGUGAAGGAGCUGGUGUCUCGACUGCCUCUUCGGUCCAUCUGCAGUCGUCCUCGGUUGUUAUCCAUGAGACUGUUCAUGUCACCGUCACCCAGCAGGACGACCCGAAUGCCAGCCAAGCCUUUGCCCAGGCUCUAGCAGAGGAGCUGCAGAAUAAAUACAGUGAGCUGUUGGCUGAGCUCCAGCGACUCAGAGAAGAUGCUUCAGACUCACAGGCUAACGUCCACAGGCUACAAGAGGAAGAGCAAUUACUGAGGGUGGCCAAGGAGGCUGCAGAAGAUCGAGUACAGGAAUAUGAGGAAGCCCUGCAGGCAGCUAGGGCCGAGUUGCAGGAGGUUGCCCAGCAGCGGAGCCAGAGUGUGGAAAACAGCAUGCUUCAGGAACAGUUAUGUAGCCUUCAGACUGCAGCCUGUUGCAAAGACCAGAAGAUUGAAGCCUUGCAGGCUGACAUGGAUAAGGUCCAACACUACAUUGCUGAGCAAGAGACUAAAAUCAGAACACUCAAUGCCCAACUGGAUGAAAAGAACCAGGCUGCUUUUGAGCUGGAGCAGAAGCUGAAGGACUCUGAAACUAAACUUCAAGAUCUAGAGGAUCUGCAACUUUGCCUUUCCCAGAAGGAGCAGGAGAUGAUGGAACUCAACAAUGCAAUGAGUGCAAAACUCCUUCAGGCAGGAGAGGAGAAGUUCUUGGUAAGCAGUGAGGUUGCGAAAUUGAAUGAACAAGUGCUUGAGCUCAAGAGGGCCAUGGAAGAGCAGGAUAGUAGAGGCAUUGCUUCAGAAGAUGAACUCAGAAGUCUGCAUAAGGAAAAGCAGGACCUGAGCUCUCAAGUGGCUGCAAUGAAAAAGGAGGGAGAUCAGAUUAAGAGAAAACUCCAAGCAGCUCUUGUGCAACGCAAAGAACUAAUGAAGAAGGUUGAGGCAUUUGAGAAGGAAGCAGAAAGAGUAAAAGAGCAAGGUGAGGCAAGCGAAGAGAAAAGCUUUUUGGAUGUUUCAGGCCCUGAUGCAAAAGAAGAGGAAGAGCGGGUAAGAAAUCAAGAGCUGUUGAGGUUUGAAACUGCAUUAGAGGAAGCCAAUCGAAAGUUGAAAGCCAAAGAAGAAUCCCUUAAAAUGCUUGAACAGAAGAUUGCUGAGAAGGAUAAGACUUUGACUGAGGUGCUUGCAGAAAAUCAGAGACAAAUUGAGGAAGCUGAUCAUGUGAAAUCUCAGCUCUGUAAUGAUGAACAGCUAAACAGAGAAAAAGCUGAGCAAGAAAUGGCUUUACUCCAAUCCCAGCUAUCAUCCCUAGAGUCUGAACAUGACAUGCUGCAGAAGAAGCUCCAGGAGUCUCUUGAGUCACGGAAGGAAACCAUCCGCAAAGCAAAGGAGAAGGACCGCCAUCACAGAGAGCAGCUCAAGCAGCAGAAGGAGGAGUACAAUGGCCUGUUGGGUCGCUUUGAGGAGCAGGGCAUGGAACGGGAUAGACUUCUGAACCAACUUAAAGAGCUAGAAGAGAUGAAAGCACAGAACAUGCAGGUUAAUUUGGGAAAAGAACCAGAGCCCGAGCCUCAAAAGGAGACCACAGAAAAACCAGUUCAACAAAGUGGGGGUGACUGGGGUCAGGAGGACUGGGUUGACUUUGCAGCUCCAGAGUCUGAGACUGAUCCAGAGAAGUCCAGUCACAGUACACAGCCACCUUUGUCAGGAGCUCCUGAUCCUGGAGAUGAUGAACUAAAGGCUCUCAGGGAAGAGGUUCAGGCUGAGCAGGCAGCUCGUCUGGAGCUGGAAAAGCAAUUGCAAUACAGCCAAAAAUGCCUGGCUCUGAGGGAGUCUGAGCUUCUGGAGCUGAGCAAGGAGUUGGAGCUUCUAAGAGAAAAGGAGUGGCAGAUAAAUACGCUGUCUUUAGAAAUCACUGACCUGAGGGAAAAAUGCAGACAGGCUGAGGCUCAGGCUGAGAUGUUGAAGGCAGAGUUGGAAGCGGCAGCGGCUUUAGAAACACAUGGGGGAAGGGAUGGGUUAGAUUCUCCCAUCACUCAGCUGCAGGCUGAGGUGGAGGAGUUCAGGCAGUUUCUCAGCUGUAAGAACAAUGAGAUUCUGGAGCUGAGUCAGCAACUAAGUGAACAGAACUCCCUUCUCCAAGUGAUGCAAGAGACUGUGUCAGAGAAGGACAAGUUGAUAGUUUCCCUUCAAGAGAGCCUGAAGACUGAGAAAGAAAAGAGUCGGAAGCUAGAAGCUGAGGAGGAAGGCAGGAAGGAAGAGGAGAAGAUUGAUGAGUCGAGGCUCCAGCAGCUCCAGCGUAAACUACAAGCUGCAUUAAUUUCCCGCAAGGAUGCACUGAAAGAAAACAAGAUGCAGAAGGAUGAAAUCUCUCUGUUGGUAAAGCACAAGGCAGAGAUGCAGACAAGGCUAGAGGCUGGGGAGGCCAAGCUAGUGAAGCUGAGAAUGGAAAGGGAGAAGCUUAUUGCAGAGGUUGACAAGACCCUUCUAGAGAACCAGGGCUUAGGCGCAUCCUGUGAGAGUCUCAAGCUAGCUAUGGAGGGAGUGCUGACAGAGAAGGAGGAGUACAAGAAGGAGGUGACCCUUGCAAAGGAGCAGGUGGCUGUAGUGUCCCGUGAGUGGGAAGAAAAAGUGCAAGGGAUGAAAGAAGAGUAUGAAACACUUUUGAAGUCCUACGAAAAUGUUAGUGAUGAGGCAGAGCGUGUGCAACGGGUGCUGGAAGCUGCCCGUCAGGAGAGACAGGACUUGGUAGCAAAGAUGAGGACUCAUGAAGUGGCCAGGAAGGAGGCGGAGGGACUGGCAGAGGAAGCCCAGAAGGAGGUUGAGACCGUCAAAGACAAAAUGAGGAAGUUUGCUAAGGCUAAGCAGCAGAAAAUUAUGGAUCUAGAAGAGGAAAAUGAGAAGCUGAGAGAGAAGGAGGAGAGGAAAGGCGAUGGUGCAGAAGUGGAGUAUAUGAAGCAGAAAGAAGAGUUUGACAGAGCAAAGGAGGAGCUUGAGACACUGAGAGCUGAUUUGGAUACCACUAGGUCAGAGAGAGACUUACUGAAACAGGAAUCUGCAGAGCUAAGAAAGAAGUUGGCCCAGGAAAUGGAGAAAGGUAUUAUUCAUAGCGCUGUUGGAGGUUCAGACUCUGAAACUUUUGUAGAAGAAACUGUGACAGUCCAGCGAUCCAGCAUUUUUUCGACUCAAGCUAGUCAGAAACUGAAAAGUCAAACAGAGAAACAUGAAACAGUAGCAUUAGUCCUUGAUUCUGCACUGGAGAUAUCAGAGAUGGAAGCUUCUGAAACUACCGAAGAUAGUAUGCAGAAGAGAAUCAGGGAGAUGGAUGAAGCCCAUGAAACCAAGAAGGAAUUGAGGCGUGUGCGGGAGGAAGAGCUGAAGGAACAGCUGGCUUCUCUUCAGCAGCAGUUGCAAGAGAGGAACCUGAAUGAGGAGAGCUUGAAGGAUGAGAUGGCUAAAUGGGAAGUAAAGUACCAGGAAGUACAAGCUCGUCUGGAGGCUGAAAAGGAUGAUCUUGAAGAACAGCUUAUGAACCAGAUGGCACAGCUGAAUGGCAGCAUUGCCGGUUACCAGCAGGAAGCUGCUGACGGUCGUGAGCGUCUGGUGGAGCUACAGCGGUCGCUUGAAAAGCUCGAGAGUGAGCGGGCAGAAUUUGAGGCCCAGGCAAAAAGCGAGAGGGACCGUGCAGCUCGGUUGGAGGAAGAUAUGAGGCAAACCCAGAGGGAGAGGGCUGAAGCUGAAGCAGAGGUGGGAAGGCAGAGGGAACUUGAGCAGAAGUUGAAGUCUGCGCAAAGGGGCAAGGAGGGUAGUCAAAGUCGUGCACGCCAGUUGGAGGAGCUGCUAAGGGAAAAACAGCUGGAGGUGCGACAGAUGCAGAAAGACUGCAUCAAAUACCAGGAGAAGAUUAGCGAGCAGGAGAAAGAGGUCAAAGCUUUGCAGAUAGCCAAGGAUGAGGCAAAACGCGAAUUAUCUGCUUCCUGUUUCGAGGCCACAAAGGCUGCGGAGGAGCUGAAGAAACUGGAAGCCGAGCUGUCAUCUUACAGAAUACGUCUAGAUGAUGCAUUGAGUGAGGUCGGGAGAGCACAAGCGGAAAAACGGACUGCCGAGGAACGAUCUGUGCGACGAGAAGCUGAGAACAGAGCUGAGGCAGAGAGGACGCUGGAUGCCGUGAGGCUGCGGCUGGGGGCAGAGCUCAAGCAGACCGAGAGAAUAGUGGAGGACCUCCAGAAAGAGAGAGAACGUGAGGAGAGGGCAGCUGUAGAGGUGCGUCAGUUGGCAGAGACCAGAGAGCGGCAGGCCCAGGACAUGCAGUCGCGGCUGGACGAGUCGCUGGCACGGCUGGCUGCCUUCUCGCGCUCCAUGUCGUCUCUGCAGGAUGAUAGAGACCGCGUGCUGGAUGAGGCGCGGCAGUGGGAAACUCGCUUCCACAGCGCCCUCCAGGGAAAAGAAGCGGAGUUGCGUGAAGCAGAAACACGGGCUCGGAAUCUUGGAGAGCAGCUUCAAAAGGAGACGGCCCUUCGAGAAGAAGUUCUGCUCACGCUGGAGAGAAUGCAAAAAUCUGAGGCAGAUUGGCGGCACAGAUGUGAAGAGCAGGAGAAAGCUCACAAAGAGAGCCAGUCUUCUCUGGAAGAUCAGCGAGAAGCUCUGCAGGAGGCCCUGAACCAGGUGGAAGAAUCUUUAGCACAAAAGAGUAGCUCACUGACAUCCCGGGACUCUGAGGCGGAGGGGCUUCGUCACAGAGCUCAGGCCCUGGAGGGGGCAGUAGGAGAGCUGCAGCACGAGAUCGAGGAGGCUCGGGCAAAGCUAAGGGAGCGAGAGGCUGAGGAGAGGCGACUGGCCUUGAGCCUAGAGCAGCUGGAGACUGACCUGCGCUCCUCUAAGAUGCUGACGGAGGCCCUGCAGGCGGAACUCGAGGGGAAGGAGAAGAGGGAGGUGGAGUUGCUGGGGGAGAGGGAGCUGGCUGUGGCGCAGGCAGCCGACGAGGCCAGACGGGAGGCAGAGGGACGAGCCCAGGAGGCAGAGAAGGAGCUGGAGCGCUGGAGGGAGGAAGCGAGGAGCCUGGAGGAGCGGGCGCGGACGGCCAACGAGGAGAGCAGCCGCAGCACGGCCCGACUGGAGGCCUUCACCAAGGCCAUGGGCUCGCUGCAGGAUGAUCGAGAUCGGGUGCUCGGCCAGUAUAAACAGCUGGAGGAGCGCCACCUACAGGUGAUUGUGGAGAAGGACUCCCUGAUCCAGGAGGCAGCAGCGGAAAACAACAGCUUGAAGGAGGAGCUGAGGGGAUUGCUGGCGCAGACGGACGACCUCAAUGCUGAGAAGGCCAAGCUGUCUGCGCAGCUGCGCCGCUACCGUGACGACCUGACCAGCGUGCUCAGCAUGAAGGACAGCCAGCAGAAGCAACUGCUGGCUGCGCAGAUGGAGCGUAUCGUUGCGCUGGAGAGGGAGUGUGCCGAGAUGCAGGGCAAGAUUCAGGAGGCGGGGGGAAGGGUGGAGAGGGAGACCCUGAGUCUGGCGGCUGGAGGGGACAGGAAGGAGGAGGCGGGCGCGGUGGAGAAGCUGAGGGAGCAGAUGGAGGCCUCCCAGAAGCAGGUAGCUGCCUUGGAGGAGGCCCUGCGUGCCGAGCGCGAGGGGAACAAGGACCGGAGCAAGGAGCUGAGCGAGCUGCAGUGGGAGGGCGGUGUGCUGCGUACGCAGGCGGAGACGGCCGAGGAGAGAGUGGCUGAGCUGGCGCGGGACCUGGUGGAGAUGGAACAGAAGCUGUUGGAGGAGAGAGAGCUGUCCUCACGGCUCCGGGCCGAGAACCAGUCCUUCGGACAGGCCAUGGCGUCCCUGCAGGACUCGCGGGACCAGGCCCUGAACGAGGCACAGGAGCUGCGUCUACGACUGGAAGAGACGGGCAGGCUGGCUGCUCAGCCCCUGUCCUCUUCGUCGCCACCUGCUGGUGCCUCUGGGGAAGUGUGGGCACUGAAGAACGCAUUAUCAGCCUUGCAGAACGACAGGGAAAGACUGCUUGAACAGCUGAAUCUGCAGCGGUCAGAAGUAUCCCGGCUGAGACAGGAGGCAACGGAGAAGGCCACAGUCAUGGGGGAGCUGGUGGAGGAGAAGAGGAUGGCUGAGGAGGCUCUUCAGAGGGAGGACAGGAUGGAGACAGAGAAGAGCGAGGAAGAACAGAGGAUGCUGAGAGAGAUACAGGAGAAGGACGAGCAGCUGGAGGUUCUCAGGCUGGAGCGUGAAGAAUGGCAGGCUCAUGCCAAAGUCCUGAAACAGCAGACCCUGGCAACUCUCAUGGACCGGGAUGAGCAAGUCCAGCAGCUCAGUGCGAUGUUGGAGGAGGCGAGGGCCGUAUGCCCCAAGGUCUCAGAGGAACAGUACCAGAGAGAGGCAUCUCCUAGGACAGACCUGUCAUCCGAAGGCCAGGUCCUGCAUGCCGACAGCGGGCAGCUGAGCAGCCAGCUGAAUGAUAUGCUGAGGGAACUCCAUUCAAAGGAAGUGAAGAUCACAGAACUCGGCAACAAGCUCUCGCAGGUAUAUGAGGAGAAGCAGCAGCUGGCUGCCCAGCUACGAGGCAGCACUCAGCGGUUGGGAGACUCGCAGAGUCGCUGCAGCGCCCUCCAGAGGCAGCUCCAGGAACUGCAGGAGGAUAAGAGGAAGGGCAUGCAGGAGGUGGACAGCGCACCUGGCGCCCCACAGGAGCGAAGUGAGCCUUCCGGGGGCUACAGGGCAGAGCUCAAGGAACUGCAGAGAAGGCUGGAUGAAGAGCAGGAGCAGAGACUGGUGGUGGAGGAGCAGCUGUCCGCCAUGCAGGACCGCCUCAAACGGCAAACGUCCAGUGAAUGGCGGCAUGGGCACGAUGGGAAUUUCUCAGAAACUGCAGUUCUUAUUGAGCCACCAGAGGGCGCUGUUACACGGACGCGGAGCAGCAGCCCGGGACUCUCGCGGAUCCUGCGGGUGGCUUUCUGCUCGCGCCAGCGCACGCCGCUGCUGGCCACGCUGUACCUGCUAACUGUGCAUGCACUGCUGCUUCUGUGCCUCGGCGGCUACCUGUGACGACGCGGCGGGCGCGGGGGGCGCGGCAGGCGGGCCUAGCUCAGAGGAGGCGGAUGAUGCCAGCUUCUCGGACAUGUGACGCGUGGGUCCCUAAGAACAGGCAGGCUUGGCCUCUGCCUCACCCCGAUGGGGGGUGGGACAAAGGCAGGGAUGUGUGUUGUCCCAGUCAAUAGCCAAAGGAGAGUCUUUGUAUACACCAAAAUAUCUACUGCCACCGGUGUAGAACAGUGGGGACGAGAAGCAUCGACACUCUACCUCAGAACCAGUCUGCCUGCUCUGGAAAUGACACACAUGUGCCGGAAGAGCCUCUUCAGGCAAGCAGGAGCUGAUCUGAUGUCUGACAGACUUCGCAGUCAUGGGGCCAUAAAGUGGGAGGGGUUUCUGGUGCCUUGAUGGUUGCUGACUGGUGGUGUGGAUCAUUCUUGGCUUAAUCAGCCAAAAGCGUCUAAAGGUUCUAAUCCAUGUUUCUCCCCUAUUCCUUAAAGCCGUCAGACCAGCCAGUUUUAUUUUAAAUUUAGCUCUAUCUGUAAAAGGACUUGAACUUUCGUCUUCCAUGUGUAUGUCGUGAGGAUUUGUUGUGCUUGUUCAUCUAGCUUAAUUUCCCACAGCCGCAAAAAAAAAAAAACUCCCGAAAGUCUGUGGGGUAAUAAGGCUUUACGCCAUCGGGUCUGUGCCGCAGAUUUCACCAUCUGUCGGCUGCUGCUUUGAAUUCGCAGAAUUUUAAACAUUGAUGGUUACUGGUGACCCCUUGUGGUGAUGCCCACGUACUGACAUUCCGUGUAUUCUUGUCAUUUCUGGUUUCCUCAUGUACUACGUUUCUCACGAAAUUAGUCAGCAUAAACUUUAUUAAGACUUGGUUGUGGAAAAACCGCUGAUACGGUUGACCUGUGUACGGUCAGUCUUUUUAAUAUUAGAAGAUAAGUGCUAAUUCUUUGAUUUGUAUUCAGUCACUACUGUACCUUGUGGUCAGGAGAGUAAUAGUAAAAUCCUGUAUGAUCACAGUAAAAUCUGCACGUUUUCCCUUUAAUCGUCCUUCCUUCAUUUUAAAUAAAAUCUAUUCAUGGAA